AUGGCGGCAAAGGGAAGCAUUCAAGGUCCUCACGAACGUCUUUUACUAAAUCAAUUACUUGCUAAUUACAACACAUUAGAACGCCCGGUGUCCAACGAAUCAGAGCCUUUACAAGUUAAGUUUGGCCUAACAUUACAACAAAUUAUUGACGUGGAUGAAAAAAAUCAAAUAUUGACAACAAACGCCUGGCUAAACUUGGAAUGGAACGAUUACAAUCUUCGAUGGAAUGAAUCACUUUAUGGAAACGUAAAAGAUUUAAGAAUAACACCGAAUAAAAUUUGGAGGCCUGACGUUCUCAUGUACAACAGUGCCGACGAAGGGUUCGAUGGAACUUAUCAUACAAAUGUUGUCGUUCGACACGACGGACGAUGCUUAUACGUUCCUCCGGGAAUAUUUAAAAGCACGUGUAAAAUGGACAUAACAUGGUUUCCGUUCGACGAUCAACAUUGUGAUAUGAAAUUUGGAAGCUGGACGUACGACGGUAGUCAGUUGGAUUUGAUUCUUAAAUCUGAAGAAGGCGGUGGUGACCUUUCAGAUUUUAUCACCAACGGUGAAUGGUAUCUUUUAGGGAUGCCUGGAAAAAAGAACACAAUUGUUUAUCAAUGUUGUCCAGAGCCCUAUGUGGAUGUCACGUUUACGAUCCAGAUUAGAAGAAGAACUCUUUACUACUUCUUCAAUUUGAUCGUGCCUUGCGUUCUCAUCAGCUCUAUGGCACUCUUGGGUUUCACAUUGCCUCCAGACUCAGGGGAAAAGCUUACAUUAGGGGUAACAAUACUCCUUUCAUUGACUGUAUUUCUCAAUUUAGUCGCGGAAAAGAUGCCAACAACUUCUGACGCCGUCCCAUUGAUAGGCGUGACCAUCUUGCUAUCGUUGACCGUCUUCCUCAACCUCGUUGCAGAGACCCUUCCUCAAGUCUCCGAUGCGAUCCCUCUGUUAGGUAGAAUAGCAGCUCUUGCCUGUGACACCCCCAUUUGCCUGCUAUGUUCUGGGGGUAAUUUAUUGUAG